AAACCUGCACAGAAUCAGGAAGUCCGGGGAUUUUCCGAAAAAUAAAAGUUGAAUGGCCAAACGACACGCCACUUGUUAACGACACAUAAUGAAGAGCCACAUUUGUUAACGCGUACGGUUGACUUUUCGAUGUAGUUAGUUUCAUUAUUACUUUCUUGUUAAUUUAUCUUAGUCGUCAUUUGUCAACCGAAACACCUGGAUUUUCACUUUGCGGGUCAGAGGGAUGGACGUUCCUCACCUCACUGAAGAGGAAAUGGCAGAGAUUAAAAAAGACGUGCUGAUCAGAAUGCGGCACUACCUCUGCGAAAAGAUCCGAGCCGAACGCCACCUCGACUUCCUGCGCUCCCGCAGGAUCCUGACCCGAGACGAUGCGGAGGAGGUCAGCUGCAGGACCACCCAGACCAAGAGGACGGCCAUGAUGUUGGACAUGCUAGCGGAGCACCCCCGAGGUCUUGAUGCCUUGGUUGACUCCAUAAGAGAUUCACGCUCACAAAACUUUAUCAUCACCAAAAUCACAGAUGAGGUGCAAAAGGCCAAAAACGAGAAGAUCGAGUCUCUGAGAGCAGUGGCUUCCAGUUCCCCGACUGACAGCAGCUUCAGCUCUCUAAACACAACCAGCAGCCUUCUCCCGACGUUUUCCAAUAACUCCACAAUGCUCUUGCACCCAGACGGAGAACGAAGCUCUUCUAUUUCAGGCUUACCAGGCUCACUUAACCUACCAUCAAUACAGAAAGAGGACUAUUUGUCCUCUGGUGUUGGUGCUAGCGUCGGGGUAGUUUCCUCCAGAGCCUCCUCCAUCCUCCCGCGGCCUGGAGACCCCGGAGCUCCUCCGCUGCCGGAUGAUGUCACAGUUGAAUCCCCCUCUAACAUAGAUGCCGGAGUGCCGGGAUGCACCAGUACCGGGGGGGACCCAAACUUCCAGCCUCUCCGAUCGCGCUCUCUUACUCCAACAUCACACAGGGGGAGCAUCUUUUAAUUUCACAUCUCUAUAAGACACUCUUAUGCAGUAAAAGGGAAAAACCAACAGAAUCCUCAGUUACUUAAUCUAGUAUCCAAAUCGCUGUUUUUGGUGUGAUGUCUUUUAUUAGGGAGAAAUUGCUGUACAUGGGAAAUACUACUACUAUACCAAUCAGCUAUCUACAAGGGGGAAAAAGGACAAUUUGUCACUUUCGCUCAAGUAUUGUUUGAAAUGUUUUGAUACUGGUGCCAAUCAUUACCUUAGUUUUAAUACCAGGCCAAAAUAAAACCAUAGUUCUAAGAAUAUUUACAAAACCCUUUUUCUUAUUUAACUAAAGAAGACACACUUGUUAAAUGUGCUUUGAAUAAAAACAGGUGUACAAGAAAAUAAAUGCAGGUUCAAAUUGACAAUUAUGUUUUUUAAACUUAAAAAAAUAAGUAAAGAACAAUUUAAGUAAAGCCUCGAUUCCAGCUUUUAGUACUUCGCAAUUUUCGAUACUCAUGCUUUAAACUAUAUAUAUAUAUAUAUAUAAGGCAUAUACAGCAAGUAAUGAUUCUCAAAGCAUGAGCUAAGAAAAAUGGAUUCUCCUUUUCUACUCUUAUUAUAUCAAAGGUGCGAUUUCCUGAUGUUUGGUGUGAAUGCAUGGCAGCUACAGUUUAUGUGCAGUUUUUGUCACUACAGUCUUGAAUCACAAAACAUGAAAAAAACAUUGUCCCAAUUGUCUUAACUGGUCGUGUACUAUAAUCUAUUGCAUACUAAAGGUUUUCUUUAUGCGUA